UAAGAAACAGGACAAGAAAUACAAAUGAAAGCAAUUAUUAAUCGAAUUCAAUUAUCAAACAACUUGUUUGUCUUCUCUAUUUUAUAAACCUCGUUUCACUGAAACCAGUAGGUCCAUUUCGUUGCUGGCCGUGGUGAUGGUGGCGUUAUCAAACUGACCAUUCCACAUUUCCACUGAUUAUUUUUAAUGGGCUCUUUGAAAACUCAAGCUGGAUGUUUUGUUAUUUGACAAUGCAAAUUCACAAAACUCUGUUUUCUUGCCCUGUUCCUCUUUCACACCACACCUUAUGUGUCCAAUUCAACUUCAAAACCAUCGAUAACUCGGAUAUCUGAGCAAAACCAAGUGACCAACGACUAAACCGGUCUGGAUUGGUUAUUGUCUCGGAAAGUCGUAAUCAGAGCCAAAUCUUUUUUUAUUAGUUUGAAAUAUUAGAACUUGGGUCUCGAGGCACCACAUUAUUUGAACUUCGGAGAUUCAUUGCUUUUGAAAGAAUCUGGUCUUUUGUAUUAUUUAAAGUUUCUUUAUUCCAGAGCAGAAGCUUGAAGAUUUGACCCCCAAUGUUUGCUUAUAUUCAUACAUUUGUCUCAUUUAAAUUUUUUCUUUUUUCUCGUUUUGUGAUUUGUGAGGCCGUUGAUUUACCACGUUGCUUGCGUCAAAAGAGAGGUGGAGAAAAAAAACAUGAACUGAGAGACAUCCAUAAUAUAAAAUAUUUAAAGGACGAUUCGACAGUGAAUGGUUUCUUUCAGCAGUCGUUUUUGUUUUUUAUCCCAAAAGGUCGAGACUUUAUGAGGCUGAGAAGAGAGAGAGUGGCUGGUUCUAAUUUUUUUUAUAGAGUUACUGUGUUUGGUGAUGUUGCAUGUGUGGUUCUGUUUCAAUCCCGAAAAGAUCAUUUAUGCUUGGCCUCUCACUCAGGUUCUCUUCUUAUCUUAUCCCUCUCACUAAUAAAGCUUAACAAGUUUUGUGGUACAGAAUCGUACCCUGGAAUUCUUGCACCCCUUUAAAAAAUUAUCUUUUGUAAUUUUAAGUUUCAAAAAAAAAAUAGUGUUGCGGUACAGAAGAUUCCUUCCCUCUUUUGGCUGUUUAUAUGAUCAAAAUAUUACAUUUUUCUAUGAUAGCUAUGUCCUUUGUGUGCUUUUCUCAAGUGGGUCUCCUAAGUUAUUCAGUGUUCUUCCUUCUCUAGCCUAGAGAUUUUUUUUGUGGGUGUGAUCACUCGAAAAAGAGAAUCUCAAGUUCUUGGCGGACGUGUGACUUGUGAUUAACGAUCCUAAGCAAUGAGCUGCUGAAUCCGAAAUGGUUCCAGUUAAGAGUUGAAAAUCAAGACAACUCAUCAGCUACUUGUUGGUUUCUGGUUACUAUCGAUGGAAGGUUCUUCAAACUCCAAUUCUAGAGGGUUUUCAGACAGGAACACUGAGUUCCCACCAGUUGAUGAGUGUGUCAGAAGCAUGUUUGGUAGUAGCACACACAAACCCUCCUCCGAAGAAGAAGAUUCUUUAGGGGUUGACCCUUUCGUUAGAUCCUUGGAAUGGGGUGACGUCAGCUUACGACAGUGGCUUGAUAAGCCUGAACGGUCUGUAGAUGUUCUCGAGUGCUUGCACGUGUUCAGACAAAUCGUGGAGAUUGUGAAUGCGGCUCACUCUCAAGGCAUUGUUGUUCAUAACGUUAAGCCAUCUUGUUUUGUCAUGUCUUCUUUUAACCAUGUUUCCUUCAUCGAAUCCGCUUCUUGUUCUGACUCCGGCUCUGAGGACGGCCAGAAGGAAGAGAAAGGAUCAUAUAACAAGAUUUUGGAGAGACAAAUCGAGAAGCUAGAGGAAGAGAAGAAGCAACGUUGUUUUCCGAUGAAACAUGUAUUAGCAAUGGAGACAAGUUGGUAUACUAGCCCUGAAGAGGAGUUUGGUUCUCCAAGUACUUGUGCCUCAGAUGUCUACCGUCUAGGCGUUCUUCUUUUUGAGCUAUUCUGCCCUGUGACUUCAAGAGAGGAGAAGUCAAGAAUUAUGUCUAGUUUAAGACAUCGUGUACUUCCGCCUCAGAUACUGCUCAAAUGUCAUAAAGAAGCUUCUUUCUGCUUGUGGCUACUCCAUCCCGAGCCAACUUGUCGACCAUCAAUGAGUGACUUGCUGCAGAGUGAUUUUAUAACCGAACCAAGAGACAAUUUGGUUGAACAUGAAGCAGCAAUAGAGCUGAGAGAUAGAAUCGAGGAACAAGAGUCGUUACUCGAGUUCUUGCUACUGAUUCAACAAAGAAAGCAAGAUUCUGCUUGUAGUUUGCGGGAUACUAUUUCACUUCUUUCUUCAGACAUUGAGCAAGUUGUGAAGAGACAGCUGAUUCUGAAGAAACAAGGAAGCUCAUACUCUGAUCUCAGUAAAGAUGAUCACCAAUCUCCCUCUGGUCCUUCUACAUUGUUGGCCUCAAGAAAACGGUUUAGACAAGUGAUUCCUCAAGUGGAAACAGACGUUGAAGUUGAUGAAGAGAGUCAAGGAAGCACACUUCUUGAAAGCUCCAGGUUGAUGAGAAACUUCAAGAAGCUAGAAACGGUCUACUUUCUAACAAGGCGCAGGCAAAUGAAAGCUGCUGCUUUAGGGAAAUCAUUAACUAGACAUUCGCCUUUGAGUAGUGAAAACGGGAGAGGAGGUUCAAUGAUAAGCUCAGUAAGCAACCCUGUUUCCAACAAUGAUCCUCUGAGACAAGGCGGGUGGAUAGAUCCAUUCCUUGAGGGUUUAUGCAAAUACUUAUCGUUCAGUAAGCUCAGAGUGAAAGCAGAUUUGAAACAAGGAGACUUGUUGAACUCUUCUAACCUAGUUUGCGCACUUGCAUUUGACCGAGAUGGAGAGCUUUUCGCCACUGCUGGUGUAAACAAGAAGAUCAAGAUCUUCGAAUAUAACUCCAUUGUAAACAGUAACCGGGACAUUCACUAUCCGGUUGUGGAAUUAGCUAGCCGGUCAAGGCUAAGUAGUGUGUGUUGGAACAGUUACAUAAAGAGUCAGAUUGCAUCAAGUAACUUUGAAGGCGUUGUUCAGAUAUGGGAUGUUGCAAGAAGCCAGUUGGUUACAGAGAUGAAGGAGCACAAGAAGAGAGUAUGGUCCAUUGAUAUUUCAUCAGCAGACCCUACUUUGCUGGCUAGUGGAAGUGAUGAUGGAACCGUUAAGCUAUGGAGUAUCAAUCAGGGAGUUAGUAUUGGAACCAUCAAGACAAAGGCUAAUAUAUGCUGUGUCCAGUUCCCAUCAGACUCAGGCCGGUCUUUAGCGUUCGGUUCUGCAGAUCACAAAGUGUAUUACUACGAUCUUAGGAACCCCAAGAUUCCUCUGAGCACAAUGGUUGGUCAUAACAAGACAGUGAGUAAUGUCAAGUUUGUGGAUUCAUCCACUCUUGUGUCUUCUUCUACUGACAACAUGCUGAAGCUUUGGGAUUUAUCGAUGUCUGCUUCUGGUGUUAAUGAAACCCCUCUUCAUUCAUUUGCUGGACACACUAAUCUAAAGAACUUUGUUGGCUUAUCUGUCUCUGAUGGGUAUAUAGCUACAGGCUCAGAGACUAACGAGGUUUUCGUGUACCACAAGGCAUUCCCAAUGCCGGUGAUGUCAUACAUGUUCAGCAACACUGACUCCUUGUCAGGUCUUGAAAUCGACGAUGCCUCACAGUUCAUAUCUUCAAUCUGCUGGCGAGGACAGUCGUCUACGCUAGUCGCUGCUAACUCCAAUGGCAACAUCAAGAUUCUUGAAAUGGUGGCUUGAGAGCCUCUGAGGAACCAAAAGCAAAAGGAUACCUUCAAAAGACCUCUAGUUCUUCUUGUGAUAGAGAUCUGUUUUGUUGGGCUACUAUAUAGGGUAAAUCAAUUACUAAAAUGGUUAGGAAAAGAAAGAAAGAUUGUUUAUAGAAUUUCAUUAAAGAUGCUGAUGUUGGAUCUUUGUAUUUGUAAACAUCUCGAUAAAAUAGAUUAUAACUUUUAUUCAA